AUAGUUAAGGAGACUCUAAUUCCUCCGUCUUCUACGUCAAUGGCGACUGGAACAUCGACGUCUUCGUCUCUUUCGAUGACGUUAUCCUCGACGAACGCGUUAUCGUUUCUGUCGAAAGGGUGGAGAGAGGUAUGGGACUCAGCUGAUGCGGAUUUGCAGCUGAUGCGAGACAGAGCUAACUCCGUUAAGAAUCUAGCGUCGAGCUUCGACAGAGAGAUCGAGAAUUUCCUCAAUAACUCGGCGAGGUCUGCGUUUCCCGUCGUAUCACCAUCGGCGAGUGAAAUUGGUAUCAUGAAGAAGCUUCAGCCUAAGAUUUCCGAGUUUCGUAGGGUUUAUUCGGCUCCGGAGAUCAGCCGUAAGGUUAUGGAGAGGUGGGGACCAGCUAGGGCGAAGCUUGGGAUCGAUCUAUCGGCGAUUAAGAAGGCGAUUGUGUCUGAGAUGGAAUUGGAUGAGCGUCAGGGAGUUUUAGAGAUGGGUAGGAUGAGGAAACGGCGUAAUAGGGAUAGGGUUAGGUUUACGGAGUUUUUCGCGGAGGCUGAGAGAGAGGGAGAGGCUAGUUUUGGUGAUUGGGAGCCGAUUAGGUCUUUGAAGACUAGGUUGAAAGAGUUUGAGAAACGAAGCUCAUCGGAAAUUUUGAGUGGCUUCAAGAACAGCGAUUUUGUAGAGAAGCUCAAAACCAGCUUUAAAUCAAUUUACAAAGAAACUGAUGAGGCAAAGGAUGUCCCUCCAUUGGAUGUACCUGAACUUUUGGCAUGUUUGGUUAGACAAUCUGAACCUUUUCUUGAUCAGAUUGGUGUAAGGAAGGGUAAGAUUACAAAACACGACUUGAAUCUCAAUUUCCUCAAAGGGAGGGACCACGCAGACGAUUCUCUUCACAANUGGCACCUGCCAUCUGCCCAAGCAUCCGAUUUAAUUGAAAAUGAUAACCUUGGAGUUGAUUUGGAUACAAGGAUAGCCAGGUCCACACAAACUACUUAGAGUACAUCAAGAGGGAGAAGAAUGGAGCUCUGCAAGCAUUUUUUGUGAACCAUGUAAACAAUUGGGUCACACGAGCAUAUUGCGACAAGGUUCUUCGCCUCUCUGCCGCAACACAAGAUUUACCGAAGUCUGUUGUAUGCAAUGUCCAUGGUGUAAAUCCCAAGUUCCUUAUGAUUGGGGAAAAAGUUGCUGAAGAGAGAUCCCGUGGAGAACAAGCUUUCUCAAAGGGUGCAUAUUUCUUAGGCAAAAUGGUGUGGGCUAAAGGAUACAGAGAACUAAUAGAUCUGAUGGCUAAGCACAAGGGCGAACUUGGGAGCUUCAAUCUAGAUGUUUAUGGGAACGGUGAAGAUUCAGUCGAGGUCCAACGUGCAGCAAAGAAACACGACUUGAAUCUCAAUUUCCUCAAAGGGAGGGACCACGCAGACGAUUCUCUUCACAAGUACAAAGUGUUCAUAAACCCAAGCAUCAGCGAUGUUCUAUGCACAGCAACCGCAGAAGCAUUAGCCAUGGGGAAGUUUGUGGUAUGUGCAGAUCAUCCUUCAAACGAGUUCUUCAGAUCAUUCCCGAACUGCUUAACGUACAAAACAUCGGAAGACUUCGUGUCCAAAGUGAAAGAAGCAAUGACGAAAGAGCCAUUACCUCUCACUCCCGAGCAAAUGUACACUCUCUCUUGGGAAGCAGCAACACAGAGGUUCAUGGAGUAUUCAGAUCUAGAUAAGAUCUUAAAGGACGGAGAUGGAGGACGGAGGAUGCAAAAAUCAAGAUCUGUUCCAAGCUUUAACGAGAUGGUCGAUGGAGGAUUGGCAUUCACACACUAUGUUCUAACAGGUAACGAUUUCUUGAGACUAUGCACUGGAGCAACACCAAGCACAAAAGACUAUGAUAAGCAACAUUGCAAGGAUCUGAAUCUUGUUCCACCUCACGCUCACAAACCAAUCUACGGCUGGUAGAUUUUUCCUCACAGGCCAGUUAUUGCUUUUGACUUGUUAAGCAGCCACUACUUUCAUUGUUUCCCUUAUUAUUAUUGCUACUUUCUAUAGUUGUUGAAGAUCGUUUGUUAAUAGAAAGGGUAGAUAACCAGAUAUGUCUUUUUGUAUAAUACAAGCGAAUUUGAUGGUAUAUAUAGAAAAUAACUAUAUUAGCAAACAUGUGAACUAUGAAGUAUGAAGACCAUUUCGGGAUC